AAGAACUUCCUACGAAUGACAUCGCUGUUGAUCUUCUCGUAACCGCACAGACCUCAAAAUGGGAUUUACUUAGUCGUGAAGAAAGGAUUUCGACUGGAUUGGCCCUUUUUUACUUAGAUAUUUAAUAUGUGAAUUUUGGAUUCAAACUCUGUGGGAAUAAUGCGGAUAUUGAUCUGUCUCAUCGUCUUGGUCUUUAUCCCGAGGUCCGCCUCAAAAGUUUCAGCUGUGAGUCAGUCAUCGUUUAGUCAUCUUUCUCCGGCUAAUGUGUUUGUUCUGUGCGACAACUAUGGAGUUGAGAUACGAUGGGACUAUCCUGACAGCAGACACGACGUGAGAUUCCUGGUGGAGGUCAAUGAUCAUUUGAAACAAAGGAACCAUGCAGAGACACAAAAUCGAUUUCUAAACAUAUCCAGUAUGCUGUCUCGACCAGCGUAUAAUAACUAUAAUGUGACUGUGACGGCAGUAUGGAGGGGACGUAAGUUAGGGCCAUCCUCGUCGGUUCAGUUCACCUUCAAUCAAUAUGGAAGCAGCAAAAUUAAGUGUCGUUUGGAUUUCCCAGAAGUUGAACUUUCUCCAAGAAACAAUAAACUUCGUGUCCGGUUCAUCAACCCUCUGCAUCUGUACAGCAACUCACCAGCACUGCGCAACUCCACUGAACAUCUGACAUACUUUAUCACAACAGAAACGAUAAAGAUUCCUAAAUACUUCAUCUGUAAUAUAAACAACAGAACUUGCGAGGUGUACAUGAACUUUUCUGAGAUCCAAGACGUUUACUGCGUUUAUCUGGAGGGAGAAAUUGGACAGAUACGCCUCAAUAACACAAGCAGCUGUUACACAGGAGAAUUAAGAGACUAUCCUCCAAUCACAGUGUUACUGUAUUCUCUGCUGGGAGUCUGUGUGACGCUGCUGGUCAUUACCAGCAUCAUUUUGCUGCUCGUGAAGAAAUGCAAUGCAGAAAUUAAGAAAAAAGCUUCCUCUGCAUUUCCAUCGUUCCUGGAGGACAUGAAAUCGUCCAAUCGCAAACCAUUGGAGCCCAAGCUGGAGAACAUGUUCAGUAGUGUCCUGAUAGAGCCAGCUGACCCCAAACCCAAACAACAAGCACUGUUAUUGGAGGACAGCAAUGACCUGGAGCAGCCCUUUGGAUCUACAGAUCUGGAAAACACUGACACAGACACUAAAAGCACAUCUGCGGGCAGCGUUGUUUUAGACGAUGAGCUGGACGAACUGCAAGACGGAUACGACUGUCCACAUGCGCUCAAAAUGGAGAUGGACGAUGGAGAUAUUGUAGACGCUUACGGACCCCGAGGUGCAGUUUUAGACCUUUAGGAGUAAAGAGAAAGCACCGAAAGGACUGUAAAAUCCCCUGGAUAUUCCGGGAAGGUUAACAUGGGUUGGGAUUGUUCGCACAAACAAACAAAAGCCCUGAUCUGGCAUCACAGAGUGGAAUUUCCCAGGUUUUUACCAGCUGAAUGGAAAAACUUUGUUUGUCGUCGCCGCUGACACUCCUUUUGUUUGAGUCAAAUGCUUUUAUGUUCUUCAGAGUUUCGUCAUGUGUACAGCUGAAGACUAUAUUAUUUGACUUUCAAUUGUCCUUUAAAUAUUCCCAGAGUGCUCUUUUAACAGAUUUUACUCAACAUUUUAACUAUAACAGCUUUAAUAACUCAUUUCUAAUCAGUAUUUUUGGCUUGGCCAUGAUGACUACAUAAUAUUUUUCUACUAGGCCUGUCAGGAUACAUUUAAAGGCUUAACGUAGUUCAUUUUACAAGCAUUCAACUUGAAGUGCGAUUUAAAGGCUUAACUAGAUUAACUACACUAAUUGUUCUGUAACCAACCAAAAAAAAAACAAUAAUUUAAGGGGGCAAAUAAUAUCGACCUUUUAUGCGUUUUAAAAAUUUUAUAUGUAUAUUUCUAGCAUAUUGUUAGAAAUCAGACUUUCUUCAGAGGUCAAAUAUAAUAGUAAAAUAGCCUUACUCUGUUAAAAAUUACUUUGGAAAUAUUUGAAAAAGAAUUAAAAUUUGAAUAAAAUAAUAUAAAGAUGAAGUUAAAAUUAUUAGCCCCCCUGUUUAUUUUUUACCCCAAUUUCUGUUUAAUGGAGAGAAGAUUUUUCAACACAUUUCUAAUCAUAAUAGUUUUAAUAACUCAUUUCUAAUCAUUUUAAAAUGUAUUUUAUCUUUGUCAUGAUGACAGUAAAUAAUAAUUGACUAGAUAUUUUUCAAGACACUUCUAUACAGCUUAAAGUGACAUUUAAAGGCUUAACUAGGUUAAUUAGGUUAACUAGGCAGGUUAGGGUAAUUAGGUAAGUUCUUGUAUAAUCAUGGUUUGUUCUGUAGACAGUGGAAAAGAAAUAUAGCUUACAGGGGCUAAUAAUAUUGAGCUUAAAAUGGGUUUUAAAAAAUUUAAAACUGCUUUUAUUCUAUUUGAAUUAAAACAAACAAGACUUUCUCGAGAAGAAAAAAUAUUAUCAGACAUACUGUGAAAAUUUCCUUGCUCUUUUAAACAUCAUUUGUGAAAUAUUUUAAAAAGAAAAAAAUUUAAAGAGGGGCUAAUAAUUCUGACUUUAACUCUCUGUGUGUGUGUGUAUACUUAAUUUUUUACUUAAUUUACUUAAUUUACUGCUAUAUUUAUUUAUUUUUCAGUAAUAUGUACUGUGCUACAAUAACACAAAUCAAACCAUUUAAAUAUUUGGGUGUUUUGAUUAUUUAUUUUUUUUUGCUUAUUUAGUUAUCACAAAAAUAUGAACCAGCAACUGUUUACAACAUUAAAUAAUAAUAAUAAUAAUAAUAAUAAUAAUAAUAAUAAUAAUAAUAAUAAUAAUAAUAAUCUUUUUCAGCAUCAAAUUGUGGAAUGAUUUCUGAAGGAUAAUGUGACAAAUAAAACUGAGGUAAUAAUAGGAAUAAAUGGCAUCUUAAAAUAUAUUGUAAUAAAAUUAAAACAUUUAAAAUUGUUGCAGCAUUAUACAAACAUUACAGCUUUCACAAAAACUUUCAAACUUUUGAAUGUUUGUUUGCUAAAACGGCUUUUCAAACUGGAAAUGGUUUCUGGGAAAUGCAAUAUAUAUA